CACUCCGCAUCCUUUAUUUCCUGGAAGGAGGAGCGACCCGGCAAGCCAGCAAGUAGCGGGUGCAUCGCUCACUAUCUUGCCACCGGGAUAACGGAACUGUGUGACCCGUUAACUGCCGUGUAAGACAUUAAACCGGAUGCCUCUAUGGUCCAGUUAACCUUACAGCGAGAUUCACGGUGUCCAGUUUACUCAAGAGGUGAGCCAUGGCUGAACAGACUUCUGCCCGUCCUCAGAGGAAGAUGUCCACCUCCGGGGAGACCGUGUAUAAAGUGUUAGGCCUGGAGAAAGGCGCGUCAGCUGAGGAAAUUAAGAAAGCAUACAGAAAACUAGCGCUGAAGUACCACCCGGACAAGAACCCAGACAACCCAGACGCAGCGGAGAAGUUUAAGGAGAUUAACAACGCCAAUUCUAUUUUAAACGAUGAGAACAAAAGAAGGAUUUACGACGAGUAUGGCUCCAUGGGCCUUUACGUAUCCGAACAGUUUGGAGAGGAAAGUGUUAAAUACUACUUCCUCAUGUCCAAAUGGUGGUUUAAGAGUCUGGUGCUGUGCUGCACACUUUUCACCUGCUGCUGCUGCUGCUGCUGUUGCUGUUUCUGCUGUGGGAAGUGCAAACCCCCCGACGACGAGGAAAGCUACCAAUAUGUUGAUCCUGAAGACCUGGAGGCCCAAAUCCGAGCGGAUCAGGACGGAGGUACCACUGUAAUCAUAAUCCAGCCAGCAUCCGAUCUGGGUCCAGAAACCCCAGAGGAGCAAAGUAAGCCCAUCCCCCUGCCCUUGCCCAUGCCUCCACCUGAGCCCCAGUCGCCUCCAUCAGCCAACACAGCGGGGGAAGAAAACCCCAGAGACAGCUUACAAGAGUCUAAAUGACUCGAAAGUGAUCAUGUGAUUAAGUGUCAACUAGCUGACGCAGGAAGCGUUUCACGGCUCUACUCCGAUCCAGCUCCAUCUCACUGCUGUGAACAACCCAGAGGAAAGCCAGCCCAGAGUCACCAGCCAGCCCAGAUCUCCUGCCCCACCUGACGCCCCCCAAACUCCAACACCCCCCUGCCCCCAUGCUAACCCAGCUAACACUACAGACUGCCUCCAUGGGCCUACAUGGAGACCUCCGAACGUUCCCAACGUCCCCACCCUCUCUUCUAGUUCCUGAAAUAUCUGACGCUGGUUCUGACUGAAUAAGUGUGUUACGCCAAAACUCCACCCCAGUCUCCUCUGGUCAUUCCAUUUCUAACCACUAAGGAUGGCAUAAAAAGGAGAUGUGGACAAAUUAUUUAUUUUAUUACUUUUCACCUCCUUUUUAUUUUAGACACCACUGAUCAUCAGAUGGAGAACUUUUUUAUUGUUUUUGGUUUUUUUUUACAUAUCCCCCACAUUAACUUGGUUUUACUAACUUUGGGAUAGAAAAUUGGUGAUAAAUUUAAUGCCAAACAUCGUAGAAAUCUAGCUGCUCAGCAGAAACAAAGCAUUAACAUGUGGACUAAUUUCCUUCCUCCCUUGUUCUUGUAAACAAUUCCCACCGAUUAUUGUUGCACCUAAAACUCGCUGCAGUCUCUUGGUUUGAUGCCAAACGUCUGAGCUGAGAUGGAGAGGGGAUCAGCAUGCACUCAUCGUUUUCGCCCUUUCCGCUGUCCUGCAUGGAAAACCCAAACAACUCUUCAGUUUUUCCCUGCAUACUCUGGUGAAACGCAUCAUGUGCACAAAUACACACUCACACCAGCCCAGAUGUCACUGUGUGCUUAAAAAACCCAACAACAACCCCCACCCACAGCGAGACGAGCAGCGACCGACACCAAACCGUGGAGCUCUGAUGGACUGCAGGAAGAAACGUUACAAUCAAUGCCUUGAAGUUAGCGUCAUGCUGUUUUACAUUAUGUGGUUCACGGUCCACCGUUUACUCUGCCGGCCGGGUUCAUGCUCCACCUCUUAUUUGUGUCCAUAUUCACUAAGAUUAGAGUCUAAUCUGAUGUUUUGUCUUGGCUUCUUUUUGUAGAUUUUCUUAUUUUAUCUCCUAAUUGUGAAUGAGAGCAGAGAGAAGCUGCUUUUCAAAUUACAAAUGCGUGCAAAUCCUUGUUGGUAUUCAGCUAAUGUUGAAAAAAACACACUUUCACAGUUGCAAAGAAAUGAAAUUAAAAAUGUGCGUGGAUAAGUUUGUUCACAAAAUAAGUGAUUAAAAAACCAUCAUCCUCACGCCACUUCCUGUUGUUUUCUUCUUCAUAGUUUCUACCAGUAGUAACAUCUGGCCAUUGAUCACUUGACUUGUGAUGCAAAAAAAAAUAAUUUUCCGUUGCAGUUCUGUGAAAUUAAUACAUUUUUAUAUAGCCGAAAAAACCACUUCAUCCUACCUCAAGACAUUUUUACCUAAAACACAAUUUGUUUUUUUAUUGUUUUGUUUCUAUUAGACAAAUUUAUUUUUGGAAUUUAAAUUUGCUUAAUUCUUUGUAAAUGCAACUAAUAUCAUAGUCUGAUCCUCGAUCUGCAAUCCUGAAACUUUUAUAUGUUGCUCUAAAGUAGCAGGAUAAUAGAGCUCAACAGCUGCGUUGCCAUUGAUCAUAAAGUUGAGCAAUUUAAAGUUAUAAAAAUACCACUCCCUGUUGACUUCUUCAUCUUUUCCACCAAUACUGUAGUAACAUCCGGUUGUUGAUCACAUUUUGAUACAGCUGAAGAUGCAAAAAUGUAUUGAAAAAUGUGAACGUUUCCAUUAAGUAAAUUUAUGUUUGUAAUUCCAGUUUGUUCAAUUUUAUGGUUAACAGCUACGACCUACUAACCAGUAGAUCAAACUAGUUUUAUGCAAGGAGGUUAGAGGUUUUUCAGCUGUGACAAAAUUAGUGUAUUUCACAAAUCUGCAGUGGAAACACUUUUUUUGUAUCAUGAGUGACAUAACCAACAACCGGAUGUUACUACUGGCAGAAACGUUGAAGAAGACUAUGACAGGACGUGGUAGGAGGAUGACAGCGCUGCAUUUUUUUUUUUUAGUGACUUAUCUCAUAAACGUAUUCAUGCAUGAUUUUAAUUCAUUCUGAUUUAAAGGAAACACAGCAAUUACAAAAUAGUUUUUUUGUAUAUCAACAUUAGUGGAAUAUCAACAAAGUUUUGCACACAUUUGUGAUGGAAAUGGAGCUGCUGACUUGACCUGAACUAAAUUCAAAGUGUCUGACUUAUCCGUUAAGUUCUGCAUUAUUUUUCCUUCAGGAUGGAAAUCUAAACCUUUACCUGCUGACUUGACACUGACAGUGGUGUGCCUUGAAGAAUAAUUGUAGUGGGGAUAAAUGGGAUUAAGUAUGAACGUUUGCAGUACGUUCCUGCAGAAAAUAAUCCAGUCUGAGAAUUUAUGAGGAGAGAAAAAGGCUUUAUCUCCUUUUGUGUUAGCUCAGGCAGCAAACCUUGCUUUAGUUUGGGAGUUUAAACAGAAAAUAAAUUCAGAUCUUGGAAAUGUUUCAUAUACCGACACAAUCGUGCACAGCUUUAGUUUAGAUCAUUAGACUGAAUGAAGUUUUGAACAUUUUCUGCUGCUUUUGUGUCAUGAAAUACCAGGAUAUGACCUGAUUAUCAAGUUUUCACAAAACACUAAAUUCUCUUGAGUUAUCUGGUGCUUUCUGAUUCCAGACAUAGUCAAACUUUUAUUAUUAUUAUUAUUUAGAGGAAAUUAUCCAUUUUUUAUUAUUCUCAUAGGUUUCUCAUUUCUCAUUUGGUUUUUUAAAGCAACCAAAUGAAAACCCUUUAGAUUCCUAACUGUAUGUUUUGGUCUCUACUCAUUUUUUAAAAACAAAACUGACUUGCUUCCUUCAAAUUGUCAUUUUGUUCAACAAGUAUCUGGUUCCAUCUUUUAAAUGUUGAGUCAUUUCCCUCAAAGAUGCUUUAAUACAACUUGAAGACCAUUUCUUUAGAGAAUAAUAUUUAAUAUUUCAUUUACUAGUUUUUAAUUUCUUUGCUCCAUUCCUGUUGAAGAAUCACUCCAGCAUGUAAAAACUGGACCUUUGUUUGAGAAGCAGAACAAGUUUGUAAUAUUCUUCUACCGGUAAGUUAAUCUUAUAGUUUGUAAGUUAACAUGCAGACAUUAUGAUUACGUUAUUAAUAAUUCAAACAAAAUGUUGAGUAAAGUUAUAAAGUAAAACCUAUGGACAAAAUCCCUCUUUACAGUCAGAUCAAAACAUCGAUUCAACUGAGUUACAUUACGAUCAAAGUGGAGAACAAAGGAAAAUAUCAAAUCUAGAAGAAAAAAAUGUUUAUUCAAAGCUUUAAAAGCCUGUUUGUAUACAUGACUGGUGUGGAAACGAUAAGCUAAUCACGUCUUUACGGAUAAAAAAUUAUCUCAUUAAAAUCCCAGAUUAACAGUUGAUAAUUGAGACGAAUUAUCGCACUGAUGACUUUAAAUUGAAGCAUAAUUCUGCUUGUUUAGGAUUCAUGUGUUCCCACUUAUCUGCAAGCUGUGAUGCAUUUAAGUGCUGGCAGAAACCUCGUUCUUCUGGGUUCUGACCGGAUUCAAAUCUACGAUGGAGAAUUAGAGCCAGACUAAAAUGUUUUUUUAAUUACGAGAAUAAAAUCAUAAAAUUAGCAGAAGGAAGUCAUAAGAUUACAGGAUUAGUCUUUCCACUGAGAAAAAGUUUAGACGGAUCUGAUGUUUGAAACAGUCGCUUCGUUAAUCGUUUCAAAGUCUUACUGACAAUGAUUUGAUGGUGUUGCGUUAAAUUAAAAGAUUAAGUAUUUUAUUGUUCAUAAAAGUAUAACCAGAUACCUCAUUUUAUUAUUUUUUUAUUAUUUAAUUGUCACAAAAUUACUACUUCAUUCUCCUGGUAUUCAAACUUAUUCUAGUAAUAUUAUGACUUUAUUCUCGUUUUUUUAUAUAUAAAUUUAUUCUAGUAAUAUGACUUUUUUCUGCUAAUAUUAUGACACUAUUCUCGUUUUAUUACAACCUUAUGAUACGUUCCAACUUUAUUCUUGUUUAGCAUAGCUUCAUUCUGAUAAUCUGACUUUAUUAAUAUUUAAAUUUUAUUCUGGUUCUAUUCCAACUUUAAUCUGCUAUGACUUUAUUGUCAUUUUAUUAAGACUUUAUUCUGGUAAUAUGAGUUUAUCCUUGUAAUAUUAUGAUUUUACUCUCAAAAUUAUUUUUUUUCCUUAGUGAGGCCCAAAUACUCCAUCGUACUCCCUCCGUGUUGGGGAAAGAAAACCUAUUAUUUUUCAAGCAUAAAAUGUAUUUAUUAAAUUUCCAGUUAUCACGUUUAAUAAGAGAAAAUUGCCGUUUCUGGUUGUGUGACAGUUUUCCUCACAUUUUCCAUGUCACUGUAUUUUCUUUCAUGCUAUAUUGUAUUUUCAAUAGUUAUCUGGAGAGUACUAUAAUAUUAGUUUCACCCUCACAUUCAUAUUUAAUAGUUUUUAUGCAUAGGAGAAGGAAAACGAAGAUGAAUCACUAACAUAAAUGAUGCAGAAGCUAGUUUUAAGUAGUUCAUUUGGAUCAAACACUUUAACGUUUUUUGGUGAAGUUUUAGUAUUUGCUGUUUUCUCUCCUCAGAUCCUGUUAGCUCAUGUUUUCUCCCAGCAGCUCAGGCUUCAUGUUUCCCUGUCAGGUGCGUUAAACUAAAGCAGAGCUGCAAACAUCUCAUUAAAUCAGGUCAGAUAAAAAUAUCUGCAUCAUGUUUCUCUGUCUGCAAACAGGAAGACAUCUUGGAUUUGUUUUUAUUAAUAGCCAGAACUAAAAAAAUGAUUUAAUAUUAAUAAUCAUUGACCCACUGAAUCUAAAUUUAACUCUACAUGCCAGGAGGCAAACACAACAGAAACGAUAAAUCAAAAUGAUAUAGUGGUACUGAUUGAAGGUUUAUGAAGUGAUUUAACUUUAAAUGCACGUAUGUUUUUAUUUAUGCUACGACAAACGGUGGCGAAGUUAGACUGAAGUCAGUGUGUUUACUUUGAAUCAGGGUUCAGUGAGUCAAUCUCCACUCUGUUUGCUAAAAAAAUAAAAUAUUCAUGAAGCUGAUGUGCUUCCAGAAAAAUUAUUUUUUUAUUUGUUAUUUUUAGUUGGCUGGUUAAACAAUCUACCAGAUGUGACCGAUUUUUACGAAAAGCAAAAAGACGUUCUUGACCUGAACAUGAUGGAAAAUGUUUCAUCCUUGUACAUAAUGACUGUGAUGAAAUUCAACUAAAUAAAAAAGGGGGAUUUUCUAA